AUGACUGAAGAACUUGAAGAUGGUGAACUAGAAUCUGAGUAAGUUUUGGUUUUUUGUCAGGGUUUGUUUAAAAAAAAAAUACGUUGUUUUAGUGAAAAUCAAGAAGAUUCCAAUGAUGAGAUCGAAAUCGAUCAAGUUAUCAAAGAUGCGGAACAGGAAAGAAAAAAGAUGAUAAAUCAACAGAAGAAGAAGGAUAAAACAGUGGAUAGACCGAAAAGUCGAGAAAGUUAUAGAAGGAAAAGAAGUUAGUAUAACUUGAAUGUUCACUGGAAAUUUAGUAAAUUUUCAGCUCAUGAGAAGAAAAAAGUGAUAUCUCUUCCGCCGAUAUCAUUUUUCAAUACGCCACCGAUUCCUAUUCCGGAUCAUAUUUUACCUCCGCCACCGCCUCCUCCUUUAUUGCCUCCUCAACCGAUUCAAAUACCAACUACAAGUCGAGUAAACACUGAUAAUUAUGCAUCAGUUGAUAUGGAACUCGAAGAUGAUGUUAAUUCUGACAUCGAAGUGAUACAUGAGAAGAGUUCGAGGAAAUUUGAGCUGCUGACUUCGCAGAACGAAAAUCGGAAGAGGAAACAUUUGGAUGAUGAGAUAGAGGAGAUCAAUAGAGAAUUAGGAGUGAUGGGGAGGAAAAUUGAGAAGGAAACCAAUUUGUUGUAUAGAACAAAGCGUGAAAAUGAGAAAUUAUUUCAUGAACAAGAACGGAUUCGUGUAAGUUCUUGAAUACUUGAAUAAAAAUCUCUGAAAACAUAUUUUUCCAGGAAAAAAUACGGAAAAAUAAAUUGAAAAUGUCUUCUCAAAAAGAAAACGUGUUCAAAUUAUAUGAAGAUAAAGAAAAACUUGAGCAACGUUUAGUUUCGCUGAAACGAGAAGAGCUUAACAAUUUUAUCGAUCUGAAAAGUCCGGUUUAUGUUGAAUGCGAUGAUAAUAAUGAUUGGAAAGAAUUUGAAGAAAAAAUAAAUGAAAAGAAAAAUGAAAAAGAAGAUGUUAAUGAAGAUAUUGCUCGAAUAGUUUCACAAGAAGUUAGCAGUGAAAAUGUGCAUAUAAGUGAGCCGAUAUCGAUUGAGCAAAAAGAUGAGGAUGAAAAUGCGCUUAGAGAGAUGUUACUGUUACAAACGCUGAAAAAACGGAAGAGGUGGGAUUUUUUUAUUGAAUGAAAAAAAUGUUUUUUUUUAACAUUGAAAGAUCAAUUCACGAAAAAGUCACAAAAUGUCGAGUUUUUCAGCCAAAAAUGAUGACAAAUUAAUAUUUUUCAAGCUUCUGGAGUAAUUCCUGAUUAAAAUUGACCUUGGAAUUCACUUUCCAGAAGGUUCUGCUGAUUUUUCGUAAAACAAAAAAAUUUCAAUUUUGAUGAAUUUCGAAAAAUUUCAUAAAAUAAAGCGAAAAAUAGGGUUCUCGUUGUAUUUUUUGAAUUUUUUCGAAAUUCAUCAAAAUUUGGAAUUUUUUAUUUCACAAAAAAUCAGCAAAACCUUCUGGAAAUGUCAAUUUUAAUCAGAAAUUACUCCAGAAGCUACAAAAUCUCGAUUUGUCAUCAUUUUUUGACAAAUCGAGAUUUUGUAAUUUUAACCUACAAUGUUUUUUCGACAUUUUUGACUUUUCGUAAAGCCUUUUAGGAUUUUAAGAUAGAAAUAUUUGAAAUUUCCAGAACUCCUCCUCCUCCACCUGAAACUCUUCAACAACCUUUGGAUGAAAUAAAUAAAGGUAGAAAAUUAUUGAGCCAAUUGUGUAAAUAUGAUAUAAAUGGCCAUUGUAAGCGUGAAUCCUGCACUUUGUAAGUUUUAUUUUUUUUAAAUUAAAAUUUCAAAAAAAAAAAUCCAAUAUCCAAUUUCAGUUUGCAUCUUUCGAAUGUUCAAGUAAAUGAGCGAUUAUUGCUAGAAUCUUUAUUCCGCUACAUAUUCGAAUAUCCAGAAGAAGUUAUAGGUUUGAAAAAACAAAAAGUUCAUCAAAAUGCGGUUAAAUAUAGUCAAUGUUGUGUUGUCUAUCAUUUAAUAUCGCGCACGAUUUUUUUUAUUUCGUUUUUUUUUUGCUGCGAAAAGUGAUAAUUCCCAUUCAGGGCAUGCGGUGACACAAACUCUGGCGAAUAAGAAACAAACUCCAUUCUAUUUAUUCAUCAAACAUCUUCUGACAAAUUCAAUGACUUUGGAUGAGAAACUUCGCGGCAGGUUUUAUCAAUUUAUGCAGGGUUCCUAG